CGGCGGCCGCGCUCCAGGGCUGUUCUGGUAUCCGCGAUCCAGCCGGCGGCGCUUGGGCGGAGGAUCGGAGCCGUCCAUCGUGGGCGAAGAGCGUCGGGAUCCGAUCUGGCGAGAUUGCUCAGGCCGGAUUGGCUGUGUUGCCCCCUAUGGCGUUGCCCACCACCACCACCACCGCCGCUGCCAGCGAUACCCCUCCCAAUCGGAUCCGCAUCUUGACGCUCAACUGCUGGGGGCUCAAGUACCUGGCCAAAUAUCGCCAUGAGCGGCUGGCAGAGAUCGGCCGCUUGCUGGCGGCCGCAGAGCCGGCGCCCGAGAUCGUCGGGCUGCAGGAGUGCUGGACGCAGCAGGACUACGAAAGCAUCCGGGAACAGACGCGGCAGGUGCUGCCCUACGGCAAGUUCUACUUUGGCGGGAUCUUUGGCGCGGGGCUGGCCAUUCUGAGCAAGUGGCCCAUCGAGGAGAGCAGUAUGUAUGCCUACCCGCUGAACGGGCGGCCGACAGCCUUCUUCCGGGGGGACUGGUUCGUCGGGAAAGGGGUUGCCUGUGCACGGGUACGGUUUGGGCCGCGGGUCGAGGACGUGGCCGAGGUGUUUUGCACGCAUCUGCAUGCGCCGUACGAGCGGGAGCCGAACGACUCGUACAUCUGCCAUCGGACGGCGCAGGCGUGGGAGAUUGCGAAGCUGAUGCGCGGAGCGGCAGAGAGAGGCCAUCUGGUGAUCGGACUAGGCGACUUCAAUAUGCUACCCUCUUCCUUUGCGCACCAGCUCAUCACCGCCCAUGCUCCCGUGAGGGAUGUGUGGAAGACCCUCCAUCCGGACUCGGCGGAGUACAACCUGGUCGAGAACGGGGCGACGUGCGACGGCGUGCUGAACACCUGGCGCUGGACGAAAGAGGACCGCAAGCGUCUCGAGAAGGGAGAGGAAAUCCUCGUGGACACAAAGACCCUCGACCCCCGUGCCAAACGGCUCGAUUACAUCUUCGUCGGCGAUGGCGGCUAUCCUCCCGCAUUCCCGGCGCCCAAAUGGAAGGUUGAGUCGGCAAACGUGGCCAUGACUUCGCGGCAUCCGACAUUGAGAUGUUCACUGAGUGAUCAUUUCGCCGUCGAGGCGGUCAUCGCCCGUAAUGGGGCUAGGACUCAGCCUCCACCCCCGCCUGACAAGGAGAGUUCCCACGCUGAUGACGACGAAGAGUACGUUGCCGUCUCUGGACAUACAGACUCGCAAGCCCCGAAUACCAUCCUCACCCCGGAGACCUACGACCACAUCCUCGCCAUGAUUGACAAGUACGUUGCGCGCGAACGAUCCCAGCGCCGCUGGCGGCUCGCCCACUGGCUCGCCUCCGUGGCCAUCUCGAUCGGCUGCUUCGUCGCCGCCUGGUGGACCGGCAGCGUGCCCUAUGUCGCCUUUAUCCUCACUCUAGUCAGCACGCUGAGUUUCGCGGCCGGCGUUCUCGACGGCUUGAUCGGCGGGCUUUUCGUGUCCGGUGAGCUGCGGGCCUUGAAGGAGUUUGAGUGGGAGGUCCGCAAUGCACAGAGGAUUGCUCAGUCCUUGACUUGAUUCACUUAGGGGAUGACUUUGCUGGAUCGCUGGAAUACUCCCAGCCUGUAAUUUUAAUGACUUGGUAUAUAAUUACUUCAAUUGUGUAAUAUGAUCACUACUCAUGUG